CUAGAUGAUCUGUAUGCACCAGUUGCCUCUUCUAGAGUGUACGCCGUAAUAGCCCCUACUUAUUUGGAGCUUCGCUAGUCGGCUACUGGGAAAACACUAAUAACCUCGUACAACAUAGGUCAUGUGAAUUUCAUUUUGGACACAAAUACAAAGCUGACCCAGUUACUUCUUUGACUCUGAGAAAACCACCUUCUACAAAUUUGUGCCAUCAUGCAAAGUACAGAAGGUGACAACAAUACUCCAAUCGAGGUUGAUUAUCAGACCACAGGUGACGAGUCAUACGAAGAUAGACUAUCAGCCUACAGUGCUUCUCUAACAUCGUCUGUCACCAACUAUCGCCAUGAGAAUGGUCGGAGAUACCACGCAUAUGAUGAUGGAAGAUACUUACUGCCAAAUGAUGAGCACGAGCAAGACCGUCUAGACAUACACCAUGCGCUAUGUAAACAAAUUCUCGACGGAAAACUUCUCUUAGCUCCGAUUGAGAAUCCCCAGAGAGUUCUCGAUCUCGGAACGGGAACCGGAAUUUGGGCGAUUGAAUUUGCGGACCAAUACCAAUCUGCGGAAGUAAUUGGUUGCGAUUUGAGUCCGGUUCAGCCUGCUUGGGUUCCUCCAAACGUACAGUUUUACAUCGAUAACAUCGAGAAAGACUGGAACUAUGAAUCGCCCUUCGAUUUCAUUCACGCCCGUUAUUUGGCAGUGGCAAUGGAGGACUAUGCCGGAUUAGUGAAGAAGGCUUAUCAACAUGUGAAGCCAGGUUCUUGGGUAGAAUUUCAGGACUGGGAUCAAUACCCGUUCUCCGAAGACAAGACUCUAGAAAACACCAACAUGGAGAAAUACUUCGCGGAAGUCAUAGGUGCAUUCGCUGAGAAAGGAUACGAGGCUAGCCCAGGUCCAAAACUGGAACAUUACUUCAAAGCUGCAGGUUUCCAAGAUGUCCAUGUUGAGAAAUUUCGAGUGCCUCUCGGAAUAUGGCCAAAGUCACCACAUCUUAAAACGAUUGGGACCUGGAUGAUGUUGCAAGGGGAAGAAGGUUAUGAGGCAGGAGCGAUGGCUAUUCUGACUCGAUACAAGGGCUGGUCGGAGGAUGAAGUCCGUGUAUUGGUGGACAAGACAAGGAAAGACGCCAAGGAUCGUGAUAUCCAUACUCAAUUCCAUUUUUAUGUGGUAUAUGGUCGCAAACCGGAAUGAAAAAAGUUUCGAGCGACCAGAGACUGGGUGCUUUUUGAACACAUCCAUCAUGAUGGCCAACUCUCGUUUCAUCGAUUAUAUAUGGAAAAGUGAAUGAAAUUUAUUAUUCACUUGGUAAAUCUUAACGUUAGGAAAUGAGAACAGCCAAGAUGCGUAAUUUCUCGGGGCAAACUGCUUUGUCGAGCCAUAUUUUCUAUUAUACUGGAACUCAUAGCAUGAUCGGAAUCAGUCUGCUUUCAUUCUCUUUAGCUGCCAAAAAUGGGGCAUUGACCUGUCAUUCUAAUAACAAGCCACCGUAGGAGUCGAUAAUAUGUGCUCG